CCGCAGGCGACCUUUGUUGCUCCUCAUCCUGCGCAGGGAGUCGGAAGCUUAGCAUUCUUGACACUGUGCGCAAUGGCCUAUCGACCUCGUAUCAGCAAAGGGUGUGGCAAUUGUCGCACCCGCCGAAUAAAAUGUGAUCAAGCAGAACCGACAUGUUCGCAAUGUGUGCGAGCAUUCUUCUCUUGUCCAGGAUACCGCGAUCCGCAACAAGUGCAUUAUCGCAAUGAGAACGAGAAAGUUAGAUCCCGGGUUCGAUCCGCUCAAUACAGGGCUCAGCGACGUGUCAGCUCGGCAAAAGAAACCGCUCCACAAAGUCGCCGAGCCUUCAAAGCCGCCGUUGUUGCCCAAUCUCUACAGUCCCUCCCUGCAUCCCUUCCUUCAUCCACCUCCGCCGAGUCAGUCGGAUUUUUCUUCCGGUACUACGUUCUUGAUGAUGUACACAAUAUACCUAUCUAUCUAAGUGCCUCCCAGAUGGAAGCGCUCGCAGCAACCAGCCCAUCGGUCAUGCAGAGUCUGGUUGCAGUGGGCUUAGCAGGGCUGUCUAACAUCAAAAAGUCCACGGAUUUAAGGACAAAAGCGACUGAAGAAUAUACACAAGCAUUGCAUCUGAUCAACAGCGCUCUGAAAGAUGAAACUCAACGUAAGAGUGACGCUACACUAGCGGCGACGAUGCUUCUUGGCAUGUUUGAGGUCUUGACUUGCAACACUCCAUCCUCUUUACAGUCAUGGGCACAGCAUGUCCGUGGUGCCGCAGCCCUCAUAGAAAUGCGAGGGGCCGAGCAGAUCAAAUGGAUCGUCGGCAUGAGAAUGUUCACCCACCUGCGAGUGCAGAUCAUAGCCAGUUGCUUGCACUGGCGCUUGUCCGUUCCGACAUCGAUCGUGCACUGGUCCCUCCAGGCUAUGACAGAGAGAGCAACGGCCGACGCGAAAGCCGAUGAGCUAGUUGAUCUGGUUGCGAGUGUUGCCCGACUACUAUCCCAGGCAAGAAUGAAUUUGGCAUUUGAUAUAGUACCCUCGGCAGCAACCAUUGACGGAUACCUUCGACGGUGGAGACACAGCCUUCCACCUCGAUGGACUUACCAGACCGUACGAGAGCCGCCCAGGCGCGACCGGAGUUCGUCCCAUAUGAAAUUCUACUAUACCCAGGUAUAUCAUCUAUACCCUGACCUUUGGGCAUGCAAUAUCUGGAACUUUUACCGGAGUGCUCGGAUACUACUCAAUCAAUUAAUUCUCAACACCGCAGAGAUAAGUGGCCAAGCAGAACAUGUCCAGAUUAGACAAACUGUGGCCCAGUUAGCUACCGAGAUUGCAGAAAGCGUUCCUUUCGCACUUAGACUUGUAGACAACGGAGCCACAGAGUUCCCAUCGCUUGACCACUGUCUGGGGGGUUUUACGAUUCUAUGGCCCCUAUACGUGGCGGCCAAUACAAGCCCAUUAGGCUCUACAUUGCGGGAAUGGGUGGUCGAACGAUUAGAGACCAUUGGGAAUGACAUGGGUAUAGGGCAGGCACAGUUCAUGGCGAGAACUCUACGAAACACGUGUGCCUCUGUCCCUUGAUUACGAAAAUUUCUCUUCUUUCUUUUUGCAUCGAUCUCCUAAGACGGGUGGCUUAAUAUAAAUCUUCUAAAGUGUGUGUUGUUCUAACCCAUGUCGCAUCCGCUAUGUGGGUCACUAUCGUAUAAUAUUCGACUAUGUACAAUAUUUCACCUUUUCUAGCACACAGCCCUCUCAAGGCUUCCCGAAAAUGCAACAAUAUCAUACACUCCCAGGAAAGACUACAUUUACAAAAGGCUGGUUGGGGGCCCAGAUGCACCCACCAAUCUCAUCAAUUUGAAGAGCAGGCUCAAAUCGCCCUCUGAACUGUUUUCUGGGAUGCUUCCACGCCCAUUUAAUAUCUCCACAAAUUGGUUUUUCGUGAGCGUUAGAUGCAAAUCAGACGU